AUGCUCAUUUGGUUGUGGUAUGGGUUGUUGGUCAGGGUUUUCGUCAGUGUGUUGUACAUUGUCAUAACUACCCUUGAGAUCUCGUCCACUGUGGCUGGGGGGGGGGAGUUUCCCGGCCCUACUCCUAUCGUGGGCGCGGGGAAACUGGAGCCGGGGCUGCAGAGGUAUGAGAGGGGGUGUCUCCAGAACGCUCGGGAGAUCCGAAACUCGCUUUUUGGGGAUACCAGGUCGAGCUUAAUGGUGCAGUUUGGGUGUGUCGUGGAUAUGCUCUCGGAGGGGUUGUUGGGGAGUCAUAUGGUUGAGACGCAGAUCGGCGUAGUUAUAAAGGGACAGGGCGAUUGGGUAAGGGGGUGAGGGAGAGCGUUUCCUGCUGGGCCAUCUUGGCCGAUAGUGGCCGGGGGCUGCCUGGGUAGCCGUUAGGUGACAGGCCAGGCUUCGGUUAUGAUCGGUGGCUAGUGGUGGGUUAGGGCGUCAUUUGGGUGAGCAUUAGGGAGGUGGUACUUGUGGUUUCAUGGGCACUGUAUUGAGGUUAGGGCUGAGGCAGGCGAUUGGUAGGUUUCAUAGGGCUCUAGUUUUUAAUUUGAUUUUGGGGGGGUCCCGGGCUCGGUUGUCUGCUCGGGCUGCG